UGAUCCUUGGCGCGAUUGAUUCAGGUCUUGGAAGUGUUCAGAGGCGCAGCACACUGGUAUGUAGCCGCUCUUGGGUGAGCCUACCAACAGCUAGGUUACAAGCUCGACGGCACGCCCGAACGCUGCCUUGCUUGCAGCGUCAGUGAUCCUGCUCGUUGUCACCUGUCAGCGGACAGACUGUCAACAUGAGCUCUUUGGAUCAAGCUUCCUCAUCGGGCAAGCUGCAAGACGACACUUCGCGUGAAGCGGAUCUGCUGCAGCCCACUACAGACAAGGUUAUGCCCAAUCCUAAGCCGAUUAGCACAUCUGGCUCCAAGAUGCGCAACAGGAGCACCACCAUUUCAGUAAUCACAAACAAUGGCCAGCACUGCAGCAGACGCAAAGAUGGAGGAUCUUCAAUUCAAUUCGACGAGGAGGCGUUGCUGAACAGUCCCUCGAUACUGGCCGCGCGACGCGGCAACGGUGGGCCGAGCACCGCCUCGCCACGAGUUUCCGCCACCAUUGUCGGCCGCGACGGGCGAGCGUCUCUUGCCUCACCCGUUAGCUUGGCUGAGAGGCGGGUGGGUCGGAGGAACAAUGCGUCCGAAAGUGCAUUUUCGACUGGGGCCGCCUCGUUUGCAAGCUCCUCGGGGAGCAAAAAAACCCCCCGAGCGUCUGUCAUUACGGUCCCCGCUUGGGCUCGAAAUGAGCCGCCUAGUCCGCCAGAUUCUCCUCAGUUGCAAGCCCAGGCUCGGUCUUCCCCGCAGUCGGUGCACGGAAGAAGGAAGGAAGAGAAUUCCAAGGCGGGAGGCCCAUCAUCAGCAGUACAACAUGCAACCAAUUCUCACAGGCAGCGCCGGUCCAAGCAUCACGAUCAACUGCACCCCUUUGCGGAGAACUCCAAGCGCAAGGCUCGGAAGCAGGAAGAUGAGGAGAUUCCUCAGCAAUGCGCAUCAAUUCCUCCUGCACAUUAUGGCGACAAUGAUGAAUACGAGGACAUAUCGGACGACGAACCCGCCCCUGAAAACCGACUAGGAGGUACCUCUGGGGCCACCACAACAGGAACAGUAGCCGCAGCACCGCAGGGUCGUAGCGAAGCACGAAGAGGCUACAAGACAGGCUUUUGGAAUCGGCGAAAGUUACGGCGGAAGAUGAGGAAAGAAAACGAUUUUCGCGACGGAGGCGAUGGCUUUGCGGGGUUCGUAGCUGCCAACGAUGCAGCGCGGCGGUUUGGCAGCGCCAACUUCCUCAGCGAGAUAAAUAUGCGGCAAGGAAUACAAGGAGCAGCAUCAGGGAGCAGCAGUGCUAUCCUCAAUGCUACUCCAUCAUCAGAAGCACUUCGGCGAGACUCCUCCAAGCCGCAGCAAGGAAAUGUAUAUGAUGAAGAUGAUGAUGGGCCAGGUGAGGACGAGGAGCAAGGACAGGGUACGGCCGACCUGCCCACGAUCGUUAUGCGCACAUAUCUCAAAGCGAAGGACAAGGACGGAGAAGACUUGGUGUUCAAUCAGCAGGACGGCCGGGGUCGCUCCACCGAGCUCGCUGAAUCUUGGACGCGCCAUCAGCCGCUGAGUCCGGGCUGGGAUUCGCCCUGGCAGCCCGAGAUGCUCAGCGAGCGGCAGUCGAUUGAGGUGGGCCGCUACCGUUUUCAUGCAGGCACGGACGGAUAUUUCCCGCACACCAAGACGAACAAGCCAUUGACUUCUGAGAAGAAGAAUCGAAAAAAGAAGACCGGCUGGGCUGUCAUGUUCGACUGGGCGUGGCAUCGCGACUUUUUGCUGCACAACCCGUUCGUACCACUUCUAUUACGCUUCAUCAAUAUCGCUUUCACCGCCGCGACGCUCGCCGUCGCCAUUCGGGUCCACAUCGCCCUGCUGCAGGAGGAUGCCGCUGGCGUCGUUGGAUCCUCGCCCGUCGUUGGGAUCAUCUUCGCGUGCCCCACUUUGAUCCACGUCGCCUUCCAAAUCUGGCUCGAGUACUUUGGCCGGCCCGUCGGUCUGUGGUCUGUGCGCUCCAAGCUGCUCGGGACGCUGAUCGAGAUCAUCUUGGUCGCAUUCUGGUCCGCCGAGCUGGCGCUCGCAUUCGAUAACUACUACACUUCGCCCUUGGUCUGCUCGACGUACAACAGCCCCUUUGCGAGCGGACGUCAGAUCUGCAUCGCGGAUCCCAACAGCCCGACGCAGCAGGCCGAGAGCCCGUUGAAUGACAAUUCGCGCAAACCACACAUCUGCCGCUUGCAAGGCGCCCUCAUCGGCCUGUGCUUUGUCAGCCUUCUCGCGUACACCUUUGCCCUUACUCUCUCCUUGUUCCGCAUCUUUGUCCGCGUCUCAGCCCGCUCCGCCACCCGCAACUAGCAAAAGCCCAUCUUCCCAUGCAGCACACCUUCCGACCGCAUCGAGCGACCAUUAAUGCUCCGGACAUCUAGAGACAUCCGGCAUUUCAUAGUACCUUAAUACAUGCAUAGUAUUCUAUUCGCAUUUGCUGCUGCGUCUUUUUGCGUACAAUAAUAUCCGAUUAGCCGUUUUCCGUUAUGUAUCACCCAUU